AUGCCCACGUCCUCGACAGAUUUGGCGACAGCGCAGUCCUCCAACACGCGCACCGUCCCGUCAGUGCUCUUCAACAUCAGUAAAAAAGAGGCCUUCACCCCGAGCAAUGGUCUCAAGACAAUGCAGCGAAAGCUCAGGAACAGCUUCAAGAUUGGGCUAUACAAGGACGAAAUGAAUGCCCAAAAGCUCUCGGACGCCAGCCUGCUUGUGUUUGGAGGGCCGCGCGAGAAGUUCUCGACCUCAGAAUUCUCGGCGCUCAAGGCGUAUCUCGAUCGCGGUGGAUCCAUCCUGUAUCUCACAGGCGAGGGCGGGGAAUCUCAGUUCAACACCAACUUCAACUAUCUCUUGGAAGAAUACGGAAUCAUGGCCAAUCCAGACUGCGUGACGAGGACCGUGUACUAUCGCUACUUCCAUCCAAAGGAAUGCUUUGUUUCCAACGGAGUCUUGAACCGAGAGAUCAACCGCGCUGCUGGCAAGCGCAUCAAUCCGCGGACAGCCACGCCAGGCGAUGUCGAGGCCGGCGGAAGAUUCAAUCCAACCGCCCUGGCGUUUGUCUACCCGUUUGGCGCCACCCUGAACGUUCAGAAGCCAGCCAUUCCCAUACUGUCGUCCGGAACGGUGUCGUAUCCCCUCAACCGGCCGAUUGGCGCUGUGUAUCUGAGCCCGAACGGGAAAGGCAAAAUGGUUGUUAUUGGAUCGGUUCACAUGUUCUCGGACCAGUACAUAGACAAGGAGGAAAAUGGCAAGCUCUUUGACGCCCUGGUUCAACUUUUGACGUCAGACAAGAUCGUUUUAAACACCAUCGACGCCAGCGAGCCCGACGUCUCCGAUUAUCACUACCUGCCUGACACUGCCAAGCUAUCCGAGUCACUGAGGUCCUGUCUACAGGAAAGCGAGGAACUUCCAAAGGACUUUACCACUCUAUUCGACCAUGGCCUCUUCCGGUUCGACACAAGCCUGGUUCCGCACGCUAUCAAUCUCUAUGAGGAUGUCCGCUUGAAGCACGAGCCGCUGACGUUGAUCCAGCCCCAGUUCGAGACGCCGCUGCCUCCGCUGCAGCCGGCGGUGUUCCCUCCGAUCCUGAAAGACCUGCCACCGCCGUCACUGGACCUGUUCGACCUGGACGAGCACUUUGCAUCCGAGAAGGUCAGACUGGCCCAGCUCACAAACAAAUGCAACGACGACGAUCUGGAGUAUUACAUCCGCGAGUGCGGCGAGAUCCUGGGCGUCAUGGAGAAGCUCGAGACGGGCCAGCGAGACGCCCGUCACGUGCUGGAAUAUGUCUUCAAGUCGAUCGUGAAUUGGAAGAAGCUCGACCAGUCCUGAGCACCGAUUGCCAUUGCCGGCACCACCAUCACAGCGGCACCACCACGGCAGCGACAGCGACAACGGCAGUGGCGACUACCAGGAUCAUGAUUGCUGGUGCUCUUUUUUACGGAGUGAAGACCGAGGCGAAAUCGGGCUGCGCGGAC